AUGUUGAGCGAUGAUUUUACCAUAUCUCAACUAGCGAUUCCAGCCGUUAGCCUUUUGAUCAGCUUUCUCGCUUACUCAUCGCAGUACUUCUUUCUUCACUUCGAGGCUGCCCCCCUUCGCAAAGAUGAACUCUGGAAGAUCAACAUCUUCGCAUUAUGCAUCUGGAUCUGCUAUUUUCGCGCAUGCUUUGUAGACCCUGGUCGUCUUCCUACCAAGGCAAAUGUGGCUUUGCUUGACCAUCCAGAGAAAGACACGGCCACAGGCCGGCAGCGGUGGUGUCGCAGAUGUGAAGCUUACAAACCACCACGGGCCCACCACUGCAAGACAUGCAAGAGAUGUAUCCCCAAGAUGGAUCACCACUGUCCGUGGACUUCCAACUGCGUCUCGCAUUUUACCUUCCCGCACUUCAUUCGCUUCCUGUUCUACGCAGUAGUUGGAAUGGGGUACCUGGAGACUCUUCUUUGGGAGCGUGCAUCCAUUGUCUGGAGUAGCAGAUAUCUUCCCAGUUACCUCGGUCCAUCAGUGGGACAACUAAUCCACCUUCUUCUUCUCUUCGUUAUCAAUAGUAUGACAGUUUUUGCGCUCUUCAUUCUGUUGGUACGAAGCCUUUGGUCCCUUUUGUUCAAUACUACCACCAUCGAAUCCUGGGAGAUCGAAAGACACGAAACUCUUGUUCGCCGCUCUCGGGUCCUGGGCGGUUAUCUGGACGCACCUGGUGGGAAGAAAAUCCGCAUUAAGAAGCAAGAAUUUCCCUACGAUAUUGGACUCUGGUCCAAUAUCAAGGAUGGGAUGGGUGGUAGUAUUAACAUUAUUAGCUGGUUUUGGCCAUUGGCUGCAACACCCGAUCAUGAGACGGGAUGGGCAUUUGAAAUCAACGAUUUUGAAGAUCCCGGUGUAUCCUGGCCUCCGCCAGAUCCCGAUCGCAUUCCUUUGCCAGCUAGGCCUUUGCCGGAAGAUGGAUCGGAAUUGCUCAAGUCCUACUCCUCUGCUCGUGAAGAAAUAGAGGCAUUCAAACGUCGCCAAGCGGAGGACUUUGAACGUGCAAGGCCCUCUCCAGAAAUCCAAAAGCGCAAGCGCUUUCAUGAACGACAUAAGCAAAAUGAUGACCGCGAGGAUGAUGAACAAAUCCUUCCAGGACCUGUGUAUGGUGAUGAUUCGGACGAAGGUGAAGAGUCCUGGCGAAACGCCGAGGGCGAACGGUUGCGUGAUUUCGGCGUUGAUGAGGAUGUGGAAUUCUACGAUGAAGAUGAAAUUCCUUUAGGGAUUCUCAUGAAGCAGCGCAAUCAAGGCCGAUGA